AUGGCGCAAUUUGCAAAAUCUACUUUCUCACACGCUUCCUAUGCCGUGUACCGUCCUUCUUACCCACCAUCCCUCUACAAUACCGUCUUGGCGUACCAUCAUAGUCCCAGGGAAACUUGUAUAGACCUUGGCUGUGGGCAUGGUGUCGUUGCUCGCUACCUCUCCCAAACAUUUUCCCAGGUUGUUGGGACUGACCCAUCGGACGGGAUGAUCGAGCAAGCGCUUUCUUCGACGCCGCACGAACUUUAUCCGAAUGUCACCUUUCAGAAUUCGUCUGCGGAGAGCUUGAAAUUCCUCAAAAGCGAAAGCGUCGAUCUCGUUGUGGCAGGCCAAGCGGCGCAUUGGUUCGAUACCAAGGUCUUAUUUCCUGAGAUGGGGAGAAUAUUACGAAAGAGUGGUACCCUAGCAUUCUGGGGAUACAAAGAUCACGUUUUUGUAGAUUAUCCGAAGGCGACCAAAAUCCUGAAUGAGUAUGCUUAUAGCAACGAUGAGCGAUCGCUCGGUCCAUACUGGUCACAACCGGGCAGAUCAAAGGUAGAAAACAAACUUCGGGACAUCGAACCGCCGGUAAACGAGUUUGAAGAUGUACGCCGGGUUGAGUACGAACCCGGAACGAGUGGACCAAAGACUGGCGAAGGCACCAUGUUCUUGAGUAGGCGAAUGGCGCUUGAAGAGUGUAUGAACUACAUUAGAACAUGGAGCGCGUACAGUGCUUGGCAGGAGAAGUUCCAGGCCAAGAAGCGUCGUGAUGGUGGUGAAGGAGAUGUUGUAGACGAGAUGUUUGACAAGAUGAGGUCUGCGGAACCGGACUGGCAGAAAGACGAGGCCUGGAUGGAGAAGGAGGUUGAGGUUGAGUGGGGAAGCGGCCUGUUGCUCGCAAGAAGGAGAUGA